AUGGAGGAUGGCGAUCCAUGGCGGAGAGCCAAAAUUCCACCAUACCGGACACUUUGUGGCGCCGUUAUAGCGGAUUAUGAUGGAAACACCCUCAAUAUUGGCCGAUAUUUACUAUUGCAGCGAGCCCAAAAACUGACAUGUAUAUCUGCCAUAGCGGCCAUGGCGCCACUAUUUGAUAACAGUGUCGAAUAUCAGCAGUGUGCUGAUAUUUUCACCAAGGCCCUGCCACCUUCAAAAUUUGAGGAGUUCAGGGUCAAGCUCACCGUGAGGGAUUCAUGUGUCUCCCCCACAGUUCAGCUUGCAGGGGGUAUUAAGGAACUGGUAUCAACCAGUUCAUAUAGUUCUUACUGUGCACUAGCUGCACAGUAUCCUAGCCCAUACAACUACUCGUAA